AUGGCGGGGAGACGCAGCCGGGGCUGCUCGGGCGGCCGCGGCCGGUACCGCGCGCGGGCCCCGUUGCUACGCAACCGGACGCUCGCGGGCGGCGGGGUGCACAUCCGUCCGCGGUACCGGCAGUUCCCGGAGCUGACGCGGGCGCAGGUGAUCCGGAGCGAGCUCCUCAGCGGCUUCAUGUGGUUCUGGAUCUUCUGGCACUUCUGGCACAGCUCGGACGCGGUGCUGGGCCACUUCCCCUACCCCGACCCUUCGGCCUGGACGGACGAGGAGCUGGGCAUCCCUCCGGACGACGCGGAAUAGGCGCCGCCGGCCGCGGUACACCGGUCCCUGGGACGAAAGAGGCCCCUGGAACCAAAGCUUUGGCUCCUCCAUCCUUAUUUCAAUAAAAGUUAACCAUAAGCAAACUCUAA